AUGUCAGUAUCCUCGACGACAACGACUCCAGAUACCGAACAAACACUACCUACCUUUUCACCUUCAAGCUUAUCAAAGAAUGCACAAAAACGUAUUUUAAAGCAGCAGAAAUGGGAGGCUACUCGUGCACUACGUAAAGAGGUUAGAAAAGAAAAAGAAAAGAAGAAAAAGGCGCGAAAACAAGAGCAACAAAGGACAGCGGAAGGUGACAAAGAUUCUGUUAAACCAAGGGAACCGCCAUUGAAAAAACAAAAAAUAGUUCAAACUCCGAGUACAAUGAAAGUUAUAAUUGAUCUGGAUUUUGACGAUUAUAUGAGUGAUAAGGAAAUUGUUGACCUUUCUGCACAAUUGACACGAUGUUACUCUUACAACAAUAAUAAAACAGUAAACCCUGUUGGUCUAUUCUACACAUCUUUUAGCGGGCGUCUUCAGGAACGAUUCGAUACUCGCCUCAAAGAAUACCACAAUUGGAAAAAUGUGAUAAUAGAAAAUAAACCAUAUCUAGAACUUUUCCCUAAUAAACAAGAUCUUGUUUAUUUGACGGCCGAUGAUGAAGAAGUUGUGCUUCAGGAAUUGGACGAGAGUAAAAUAUAUAUUAUUGGUGGGAUUGUGGAUAAAAAUCGGCACAAGCGAUUAUGUUAUCAUAAAGCGAAACUAGAAGGUAUUGCUACCGCUAAAUUACCGAUCAUAUUUGAAAUUCUCGUUGAUUGGCUAGAAACUAAGAAUUGGCGAGAGACUCUAUUAAAAGUUAUUCCGCCGCGAAAAUUUCAUCCAGAUAGCAAAAAGCAGAGACGUGAGACUGCAAAGAAAAAUUUGCAAUUAAAUAAUGAAGAUGAAAAGAAUUUGACAAAGAUAGAGUCAAAUGAAGAAAGCAAGUUAUUGGAGGUGAAUCAAAAAGUAGAAUUAGAUGUUAAUGUCUCGAGUAAUGAUGAGGUUGAUGAGGGUGGGGAUGAUAAUGGUGAUGAUGGCGAAAAUGAUAUAGAUUAA